CCUCACUGAAAAAUCCAGUCCCCCUCGAUCUCCCCCUCCUCCCUCUCCUCUGCGCCCGCCUCCGUCCGAGAUCAAACCCCCCUCCCCCGCGAGCUCCUCCUCGAUGCGCGGCUCUCUCGAUCCCGAUCCAUUCAGAGGGGCUGCCCCUUCUCUCCUCGCUCGCCGCUUGGUUGUAGAAAAGAAGUCCGGGCAGGGGACAUGGCCGCCGCCGGUGGCAUUUUCCCAUCGCGCCUCGAUUUGGCCGCCUCGGCGGAGCGCCUCACCUUGGCCUGGAGGCUGGCCGCCAUGGAGCUCGCCUCGGCCUAGAACUGGGGCUCGACGGGGCCUCCCGGCCCAGUUCAUGGUCGCAGCCGUCUCGGCUGUGCACGCCGGCGUCGUGACAUGGUGACCAGGCGCUGGUUGCUGCCUCACCCGACCCCAGCGUGCUUGCAGGCCUCUCCGGCAUCUCUGCUCCUGCCCAUCCGUGGAUCAUCUCUUGCCAAUUUAAUUAUUAUCUACAUUGUUUUUUGAGCAUUAGAUCCAUUAACUGAAAGGUAUAGACGUACUCUGUAUGUACAAAGCUUGUGUUGUUAAGAUGACAAAUCGACGACUGCCAUAUGUUCGAUUACCUUGUGAAUUCAUGUCAUUCGUAUAAGUUUUUAUGCAUAUUUUUCUGCCAGUUUAAAAGUUGCCCCCCCUAUAGCUUGUCACGGUACGCCACUGGCUGUUUGAGCACCACUAUGUAGAUAUUAGAUGAUACAUGUGCGUCUACAGAGCAGAGGAUUCAGGUUUAGUCAUCCUAUGCAUUGCAUUUGAUUCAGAUUACUAUAAGAUGAUUUUUAAUAGAUAUUUGGUCUUAUACGAGUCACAUUGGAAAUGUUUUUUCCUAUUGAUUCAGAGUAGUAUUUUCAUGAACAACCUAUCACUGAUACAUCGCCUUUCAUGUUCAUUCACAUAUGCUUAAUACUUCUGAAUAAUGUACGUCAAGAGAACCUAGGGUUCAGGUUUAGUGCAUCCUCUGCAUGUUAUUCAGAUCACUAUAAUAUGAGUUUUUAAUAGAUAUUUUGUUUUUAUUGCUUUCUUAUAACGUGUUGCGCCUUAUCUAGUUGGAAUAAUCAACAUAGAUUUAUACCUUUUGCCAUCUCAUUUGGCUCGAGAUCGACUCGACAUCGUUACAAGCUGAGCAUGAGUCAUGUUCUACAGCUUGACCUUGAGCUCCAUUCAGUUUGAGCUGCCUCAAAUUUUAAUAUGAGUUAAACUCAUUUGAUUUUAUGUCUGCUUAAUGUAUUGCGUUUCUUCUUACAUUGACUCAAAAUUUUAUGUUUGAUUUACCUACACAAGGGCACAAUGAUGAAUUUUACGGAGGAUGCUCCUGUAAAGAAAGGCUCUGUUCUCUUAACAAGGAUGGAAAGUAUAACGGCAUACAAAAACCAACGUGGACAACCCAGAUCUGGAACUCCAGAACAAUCCGACACUCCAGUGUCUGCUAAUGACAUGUGUUCCCUUGCUGAAUGGCCAUCCCAUGCUCGCCGCAACCGUGCACUACUACAGGAUGAAGCUGGUGGACAGAAGAAGAAAGGGCGAGGUGUUCUAAAAGGUUUUAAAGCAUCUAAGAAGCGUUUUGCCAAUGGAUCUGCAAAGCUAAAUAUUACAUUCUCUGAAAAAUUGGGUGGUACAGUAGGAAUGAACUAUCGUUCGUUCAAGGAUGACGUGGUAGUCAUAAUGAAAAGAAAGUUACCACUCAUUGGAGUGAGGACGUGGUCGGACAUUCACCCUACCAUUCAUCGACUCAUUAUUGCAGACAUGAUAGACAGAUGGGACUUGGAAGAUACACCAGAAACAGAAGAAAAAGUUCUCAAAAUUGCGAAAGAGCGAUAUAGAGGCUGGCGAUCAACUCUAAGCUCCACUUACAAGGCAUACAAAACAGAUGCAGCUAGAUUGGCUAAUCUGCCGGAAGAUUUGCAACCAGAAGAGUGGGAAUGGAUGAUUGAGUACUUUGGCACUAAUUCAAAAUUUCAGGAUCGCAGCCAAAAGAACGCUGAUAACCGUAAGAAACAGAAGACAAAACACAUAAUCGGAUCAAAAUCUUACUCGCAAGUUAGUUUUGAGAAGAGAAACUUGGAAACUGGAGAAGAGCCAGAUUGUAUUGCUCUGUGGGAACUCACCCACACGAACGAUGGAACAUGGUCUAACACAGAUUCCCAGAAAGUUUACGACAAAGCACUUCAAGAGGUGUUAAAAUCAAAGAAACUGAAACUGAAGGUCCACUUUCAAGUGAGCAGAAAAACAAUAUUUUCCAGACCGCUUACAAAGACACUCUGGAAUGCAAGUCAUCGCAGCCUCGUGGGUACGGAUACAUGGCCAAAACUUCAACUGGUUCUGAAAGGUUUCGUAUCCAGAUCGAAGAGCAAGCUCGUGCUACAGCCACCCAGGAGCGAAACUCUCAGCUCAGCCAGCAGGACAACGAAUUAGAAGAUCAACUACAAGCUGAACGUGCAAACACACAAGAGAGGAUUAACUUGGAGCGUGCUGAGAGAGAACAACUUGAGGAGAGGUUAAAAGAAGAGUGUGCUGAAAGGGAAAGAUUGUUGCAAGAGGAGCGAACAUCAAGACUGGAAUUUGAAAGAAACAUGAUGGCAAAGUUUGUAGAAUUGAGCCAACAGAUGGGAACCCAACAGGCGCCUUCGAAGAGGGUUGACAAAGAAAAUAGUAAUCCAAACUUGCAAAAUAUUCUUUUACAGAGAUCUAGUCCUAAUAAGACUCCAGGUUCAAGGCCAACUGCUAUUUCUUCAAAUGCGCUCAUACAAGCUGCAGCAAGGCAUUCUCGAAUGUUUAAAGCAAUGGAUCCAAAGAACUAGCUGGAUUGGACUCUACAUCACGGGCAGUUUAGUCUUCGAAGUUAAUUAGGAUGGCUAAAUUACAUUUGAGUUUUAUUUGAUGGAUAUUUGCUAUGAGAAUUAUGAAUUUUAUGAAUCUGCAUAUUAUACGUAUGGUUUUGAAUAUUGUAAUCGAAAGCCUGUAUUUUUUUUACGGUUGCAAUAGACUAUUACCACAACCCACUUUCGGUUGCCA